CUUUCGUCCGUGCAAUCAAGUGACACCCACUCUCUGACUUUCCUCAUGAUCCAGAAAUUGCAACAUGGGCACGGAGGGGCGCUGGGAGCUGCUCAAUCUCGACCUUGAAGGGCUACCCAAGCUUCUCGUCAAGUAUGUUAUCAGUGAAGCUGGCUAUACCGUGUCCAUCACCGACCUUGCAAACAUAUGGGUAGAAAGUCUCUCCAAUCCGGAAAUCAUACGUAACGCCGAGAGUCAAAGCUGCAGCAUCAAUCCUGGUGAUGAUGCCGUCCAAUUGCAAAUACUGCUUGAGCAGAUCCGCCGUGUUCUUCGUCAUGAACACGACACUACCGUCCAUAUUGCUUUGCAGCCUCCGAAUGACCUUACCCUCGCACUGAAAGCUCCCCUACCGCCUCCCUUGCCUCCUUUUGAGUGGAACAUGGUACUCACCAAGGCUACAUCGACCGAAGUGGUUUCUGAAGUCAUCUCUCCUCUUCUUCUUCUGGCUCAUCAACAGCAGCAACAGCUCAACUUCCUGCUCGAAAAACUCAAAGACAAAGAUCAUGCCAUGUCAAGAUUGCUUGACAAGAUGGAAGCCACCAAUACCGAUCUUGGUUCUGUCUUCCCAGGAGUUUCAGUUGGCAGGAAUUCUCAGAGGUCUUUGAAGAGGCACCAUGUGGCCAGUCGUGUACCGGGCCUCGCUCCAUUCCAGCCUGGCUCCGAGCUUCUACAUAGUGGACCGUCACCGACGGCAGAGAGUCUCUAUGCCGUUCUUCGUGAUGUGUCUGGUCGUGUAAUACCAGGAUUGGCAAAGGCGCCGUCGGAGACAUGGUGGCAGGACAUGACGAAGCAGCAGGGAAGCAUAGCAGUCAAUGUGCCUAUGCCUGACAAUCUGUUAGAUGAUGAGACAGACGAUGAUCUAGACUUUCAGACACAGACGAUACCAGAACAAUUGCAGAGACAGAUGCCUGCCGACAUAUCUUCUCCGGUCCGCUCAGCUCGACGAAAGCAUAAAUUGAAGCAUGCAAACGACGAUAGCACUGACGACGAUCAAGUCACUUCGUCUCCUCCUCCUAUGCCCAUCAACCAUCGCCUUGGACACGUGGAGCCACUAGUGCCUAGCAGUCCAAGUAAACUCUCCAACACACAGGCAAGACGCUUGGGGGCGAUCGGAGGUAGGUCCAGCUCUCAAGCCCUGCCGCCUUCACUGCCUCCCUCUUCACCUCCCAAUCCCCCUGCCGAAGCCGGAACGAAUCGUGGCCUGCGAUCGAGAACAAUGCUGUCACCGACGCCGUCAUCUAUGUUGCCUCCUCAGAGCCAGGUAUCUCCAUCACGAAGACGUAGGCUUGGUGAGAUUGGACGAGGAAGCUCUCAGAUGCAGCAGUCCCAGCCUUCUCUCAAUAGAUGGUCAUCACAGGCCCCUUCCAUCAUGGAAGAAGAACAGCAGGCUUCUGGGUCGGACCUGGAUCCAGGGUCUAGCGCUCGUGAGAGUCGCGAGAUCACGGCUGAAGUCCGGCAGACUCGAGCAACCAAGCGCAAAGCUAGCGAGGAAAGAGAACCGACUCCAAGAGAGACAUCAGAGGAGAGGGCCGACAGGAAGAGGAAAGAGUUGAAAGACAACCUGAACGAGAAACCAAAAGCGCCAGUAAAGCGGAAAAGGCGGUUCUAAGCUAAGUAGUCACUGCGUCUUGAAAUCGAGAAGUUCUUGCGACAAGCUCUUCUCCUCGAAUAGUGCUGGCGGUUGGCUAUCAAGUGAUGUAAAGUUCAAGUAUCAAGUGAUGAGGUUAGCGGAGCAAUUGGAAGAAGGCGUUGUCAGCUGCUCACCUUCAAGUGCUGAUACAUUAGUGACGAAGAUUAUUCCAAGAAUUCGACUGUUUCUUGUGUGCAGGAGCCAUUUUCAGCCGUCGAGUUUCGUCUGCGUACAUUCUCUGAAUCACCAGGACGAUCCAGGUACCGAGAUCGUGAA